CGAUGUGUGUGUUUGCACUGAACGUUGUUUACCCAGCAGGUGGAUAUGACGUCACGGACUUGGAACAUCAAAACAACAACAUCCAAAUCCGCGAUUCUUUCCCUUUUCCCUCCUCAUCCUCUCCUUCUCUCUCCUCUUCUUCUUCGUGUUAAAAUCUAAAAACAACAUUAAAGAAAGAGAGCUCGAGCGAGACACACUGGGAGGCAGCGAACGUCCAACUCCAUUUUUUUUUUUUGCUUCUUCUUCUUCUUUUUUUCCUCGACGCCCUCGGUAAGAUUAUUAUUUGCUCCUGUCUGCGGAUAGUUAAGUUAGUUAGUUAGUCCCCUCUCCGCCUCGUCCACCCCGGGCGGAGUAAUCUUGUUUGUGUUUACGGGUGUGAUUUGUUGUCGCACGCGUUCUCGCCGCACACAGCGGACUCGCGUGCACGGGUUCGUCCUCCGCCCGCACGAGCGAAUCCGUACCUUCGCGUGCGCCUGUUCGACCUGCCGUAAAGCGCGUGGCCCCUCAUACUGGGCAACAUGGAACGGAAGUGAAGUUGACAAUUUUGGGAAGAAACUAAAAGCCCCUAUUGAAAGUUGAUUACAUCAGAACUCCUGCCGCUCCAGCCAGGAGACUCCAGUAGUGACAUCCCGUGGAGCCACAGAUCAAAGGCGAGGGGGCUGUUUCACCACUGCUGGACCUGAAGAUUGCUUUAAAUAAGCAAGUCUUUGUGGAAGGUUUCUAAGUCAUGAUGCAAGAAUCUCGGACGGAGGCGACGAGUAACGGACCAGCCAGUCAAAAUGGUGGAGCGAGCAUGGAGGGUGGGUCCAGGGAAGGGCGACCUGAGAAUGCCACACCGUCAGUGGAGGUGACUGCGGUUGACCUCCUGCAUCUCCAGCAGCACCAGGCUCUACAAGUGGCACGGCAGAUACUCCUCCAUCAGCAGCAGCAGCAACAGCAACAGCAGCAACAGCAGCAACAGCAACAGCAGCAACAGCAGCAGCAGCAGCCUCAUCAACUACUGUCUCAACAAAACACUGGACGCAAAUCCCCCAAAGCCAACGACAAGCAGCAAAGCCUACAGGUUCCAGUGUCAGUGGCUAUGAUGACACCUCAAGUGAUAACUCCACAGCAGAUGCAGCAAAUCCUCCAGCAGCAAGUCCUGAGCCCUCAGCAGCUCCAGGUUCUUCUCCAGCAGCAGCAGGCCCUCAUGUUACAACAGCAGCAACUCCAAGAGUUUUACAAGAAGCAGCAGGAACAGCUCCACCUCCAGCUCCUACAGCAGCAGCAUGCAGGCAGCAAGCAGAGUAAAGAGCAGCAGGUGUCAGCACAGCAGUUGGCCUUCCAGCAGCAGCUCCUGCAGGUCCAGCAGGUCCAGCAGCAGCAUCUACUCAACCUUCAGAGGCAGGGUCUGCUCACCAUCCAGCCCGGACAGACUGGCCUGCCACUGCACUCCCUCACUCAGGGCAUGAUUCCAGCUGAGCUGCAGCAACUGUGGAAGGAGGUGACGAACGCUCAUGUGAAGGAGGAGCACAACAGCAGCAGCAACAACGGCCACCGGGGCCUUGACCUGUCCUCCCCGGCACCGCCAAAGAACCCACAUCUCAACCAGCACUCCUCCACCAACGGGCAGUAUAUGAGUCACAAGAGAGAAGGAACCACGCUAGAGGAGCACUCCCACCACAGUCACCCUCUCUACGGUCACGGUGUUUGCAAGUGGCCCGGAUGUGAGGCAGUGUUUGACGAUUUCUACUCAUUCCUCAAGCAUCUUAACAAUGAGCACGCCCUGGAUGACAGGAGCACGGCCCAGUGUCGGGUGCAAAUGCAGGUCGUACAACAGCUGGAGCUGCAGCUAUUGAAAGACAAAGAGCGUCUGCAAGCGAUGAUGACGCACCUUCAUGUCAAGUCCACGGAGCCCAAAGCCACCCCACAGCCGCUCAACCUUGUGUCCAGCAUCACGUUGUCCAAGUCAGCCCAUGAGGCCUCCCCUCCUCUGAGCCUGCCCCAGACACCGACCACACCCACAACACCCCUCACACCCCUAUCCCAGACCCACUCAGUCAUCACAGCCAACAGCCUCCACAGCGUGGGCCCCAUGCGACGGCGCUACUCGGAAAAGUACAACAUGCCCAUCUCUCCAGAUAUCAUUCAGAACAAAGAGUUUUACAUGAACGCAGAAGUAAGACCACCGUUCACGUACGCCUCGCUAAUAAGACAGGCAAUUCUGGAGUCUCCAGAAAAGCAGCUAACACUAAACGAAAUCUACAACUGGUUCACACGAAUGUUUGCAUAUUUUAGACGCAACGCAGCGACGUGGAAGAAUGCAGUCCGGCAUAAUCUUAGUCUUCACAAGUGUUUUGUGCGAGUAGAAAACGUAAAAGGGGCUGUGUGGACAGUCGACGAACUAGAGUUCCAAAAGAGACGGCCUCAAAAGAUCAGUGGAAGUCCAGCCUUAGUGAAGAACAUUCAGACCAGCCUGGGCUAUGGUCCGACCCUCUCUGCUGCCUUCCAGGCUUCAAUGGCAGAAAACAACAUACCUCUAUACACUACUGCUUCCAUUGGAAGUCCUACCCUCAACUCCCUGGCCAACGCCAUCCGCGAGGAGAUGAAUGGAGCGAUGGACCAUGGAAACAGCAACGGCAGUGACAGCAGCCCAGGACGCUCGCCCCUGCCAGCUAUGCAUCACAUCAGCGUUAAGGAGGAACCACUGGACCCCGAAGACCACGAAGGGCCCCUCUCCCUGGUAACGACUGCCAAUCACAGUCCGGAUUUCGAUCACCACAGAGAUUAUGACGACGACCAGGGCCACGAUGACAUGCUGUAAGGCUAAGAGCGGCCCCUCCCCUCCCCAGCCUCAGAGGCCGAGGCAGUCUGGGUCAUCUGGGAGACAGAAGCGCUCCGCAGAUAACAAACACUGAACUGCAGUCUCAGCCACUGAUGACAGCUCUCAAAUGUCUCCAAGUCAACUUUUUAGUGCCAUUACAAUACAUAGCAAAAACACACACACAAACAGAAACACAGAAUACAAGGCGUCUUUUUUCUGAUUCCUUUCAACUUUUGGUUUAAGUAAAGCUUAAAAAAGCAAACCUUCCUUUCUACCCAUGUGUCGGAUGGACUUGUUUGGUACGGGGGGGCGACGCCUUCGCGCUCCGACCCAGACCCUUGCUGCGCAGCCAGGACACGCUGCGCUCUGCGGACUGCGAGAGGGGUUUUGUCUCUCCCCCACCUACCCCCACUAUCUCUCUCCUUCUCUUCCACUCUCCCUCUGUCAGACACACACAUCUAACCACAAACUGAGGAGAGAGAGAGACGGACAAUGACUGACGUUUAAUUUACACCAUGUGCGUAGGUGUGUGUGAGGGAGAGCGAGUGCAGACUUCUGUUCAUUGUCACUGCCUUCAACACUUCUCAUUGGUUUGAUUCCAUCUGGGGUGGGAGGGAUGUUGCUUUUAUUCGGGUGUAUUUUGUGUUGGGGGUGAGAGGUUAUAAAAUAUCAACGUAAUGUGUUUUUUUUCAAUCAUUCAAUGCUGAUAUGGAUGUUGCAUCUAUUUUGUUGUUGUUUUUGUUUCUGUAAACUGAUCAGACCUCAUGCCCAUGCUGUGGAGAUUCUGUGUGGUCCGCACUUGAUGAUGAAUGUUUAUGAUUUCUUUUUCACCUUGUUCUUUUUUUAAACACACACACAUGAAGCAGAAUGUCUGAUACCGAGCAGUAUUUUUCUGUCAUUUAUUCCAAAAAUCAUCAUGGAAAUGAAAAAAAAAAGUCACCGCUCUGACAUGUAGCCCAGCCCUCACCCGCUCUUCUUCUUCUUCCUCCUCCUCAUGAAGUCCAUUGGCGAUGCACUACUCAUAAUGAAGGCUCUCUCCACGCAUCAAUGAAGAUUAAUUUAAGAUGCGAUGAAUGACAGAGAAAUCAUGCAGGUUUUGGUUUAUCCUUUACUUUAAAACAGCCCCAGCCACAGAGCAUGCUUAGCCGCAACACAAUUUCUGAUCACUUACAAGCUCCGGGGUCUUUUUUUUAUUAUGUAAAAUGAAAAUGUCAGGUGUGCACCGGCGAGAUAAAGAUUUCCACCAAUUAAUUGUGAUUUCAGAACACAACUGUCAUUGUUAAUCAAACUGUGUCUGGCUUUUUCCACUCUGUAAUUUCAUCCAGAGCUUGAAGAUAAAUUCCCACGUAGUUUUAUUUUGUAUCUUGCGCUUUGGUCUGAUCUUUUUUUAAGUUUUAGUGAUUGUUAAUAUAGAUGCACACGACUAAAUGCCCCUCUCUCCUUCUUCUUCAAGGGAACAAAGUCCCAGAGACUCGCAAUAAGACCGAAAACGUUGCACAUUCCAGCAUUUGACAGCCACCGUGAAAGGGCCCGGACGUACAGUACAUGCUGUGUUAGAGAGUGUGGAUACCUCGACGUUCAGUGUCACCCCCCCCCCCCCAAAAAAAGCCAAUGAGUUCUAGUCCACUUUGAACUGAGUGAUUUCCACAUGUGGUUUUAUGAUGCAGCAGCAAAAAUUCCAGCUUUCAUAGAUAGUCAAAUUUUAAAGAGACCAUGAGUUUCAAGACUGCAAUCAACCACUUUUAAAUUUGUAUUUAUUAUUAGUAUUAUUAUGAUCAUUUUAUGUUUUAUUUGGCUUUUUUUUGUUGUUGUUCAUGUGUUUUAUUAUCGUGUUCUGUGACUACCAAAGAUAAACUACAAAGUCAAUGUUGUGUGUUCCAUGCAAUAGCAGAUAGGCCAAAUAUGUCCCCUCCAUUCUCUCCCGCUGGACGACCUCAGCGGCUGCGGUCGAGCCGGUGGCAGACUGGAUCCAGGGCCAAGCUCCUCCAACUCAUUCACUUUUAUUAGAAAAGGACAAAAAAUAGAACCAAAGGGGGGCGUCCCGGACAGGACAAGCUGCGUUUGGCAGUGACCAAAUCUGACCGGGAGGUGCUGACAGUCUGACUCCAUGAUGAUGACCAAAUUAGGGAAACUUUUUUGUCUUUGGGCCAGUGAGUGGAAAGAGGGAGCUUUUCGGUCCGAAACAGAUUUGUCCGCAAAAUCAAGGGUGUGUUCUGUAGAUAACGCUGAAAAAAAAAAAUGUACUGGCAAAUGGGAAAAGCUUUGCAGAGAACAAUGUGAAAUGGAUUCUAUACUUCAACUGGACCACACAAUGAUUUGUUGUUUCUCUUCUUUUUCUUUCUUUACAUGUUUGUAUCCUUUGAAAUGAUUGUAUGCCACUUUUUAGGGGUUUUAGUGUCUUUAUGAGGGAAGACUUUAUGAUUGUGUUUAGUUUCUGUCAACUUAUUACUUUUUAUAUUAAAAAACACUCCUGUCAACUAAUAAGCUGGGUACAAGGUACUUUAUGGCAGUUAUUGUUAUCCUUUUUAUUUUUGUGUUCACCGCUCAUUAACUAAAAAGGGGCAAUCUGUGGUUUCCAGAAGAUGUAUUUAAUAUCCAGGCAGAUGUGGGAUGGGUCAGUCACAGCCGGCUCGGAUCGUGAGAACGGGGGCUGAGCUCAUCCACAAUUCCCCCCCCCCCCCCCCCCCAGUCAUCAUGCAGGCUGGUUUGUUUGGUAUUCAGAGAGGAGGACCAGCGCUGGUAGAUUAGAACAUUCUCAGCAUGUGUAGCCUGACAUUACUAAAGAUAACAGCAUGAGAAAAAGCCGUUAGUACGCAUACCUCAUUUCAAACCUAUAGGGAAUGAUUCAAUUAAACGAGAGAGAGAAAAAUAAAUAGAAAUAAACAAACAUUUCACUCAGUUGCACUUAGUCUUAUGUCUCGUAUGUGUAGUCCGAUACUGUAGAAAGAAAAAAUAAAAUAAAAAAAUGAAAUUAGAGCUUGUUUAUCUUAAAAGGUUUCAUCCUUUUUUUUUUUUUGCCAAACCAAUUCAAACCUCAGGCCUUUUGUUGGUGGAGAUAUCCUCCAGCUGUGUGUGGCACAUUCAUCCUGUCUGUCCUCUGAUGGGUGGUUUUAAGGGCGUUCCAAUAUUAGGUUGUACAUACAUGUCACUGUAGUCUUUGUCUUCUCCUCUAUCUCCUGUCUUUUCCUUUUUCUCCCUCUCCCUCUUUUCUUUUGUUUAAGAUAAAGAAAUACAUUUGUGUUAUGAUGUUUGCUUUAUCGCCACUGCUUUGUAUUAACUAUGAAAAAGCUAUGAGAAAAAAAAACUGCUGUAUGUAUUGGAAUAGCAAACUGUGCUGCAAAUGUUUUACUUAGUAAUCCUUGCUUUAAAAAAAAAAACAAAAAAAAGAAAUUAAAAAAAAUCACAUCAUCCUUGCAGACAUGUGGGUGAGCUGGGCAGGGGCAGGCCGGGGGGGAGAUUAUCUCCCAUUUUGGAUUUUAAACUGUAAUAUAAAAAACAGACUUUUCUCUGUUAUCAUUGACCGAAGCAUUUUGUACAGAAUUCCCCCCCCACCCCCUCUUUGUGUUAAAGCUGUUUUUUGAUACUUCCUUUUGAUGGUCCAACCACUGCCUUGUGUGGCUCCAUGUGAAAGAUUACUGCUCUGAGAAAAAAGGGCACACAGGUAUAUUUCCUCUACGAGACGGUGGUAUCUUGCAUGACUGAUACCAGGGUCACAGAGAUGCUGGGUGGGUGGGUAUUGUUUUAAGUGGUCAGUAAUAAUAUAAGGGUGUAUCAAUCUAAUGAUAUUUUAUAUGAAAUUAAUAGGAAACAGAAGAAGAAAUAUGCAGUGCCAAGAUGUAAAGAAUAUAGUUAAAUGUUUUUUUGUUUUUUUUCUUUUCUUUGUUGUUUGCGAAAUUUCAUUUCCUUCAUUUAUCGGAGACGUGUUCUCCUCAUCAUCUGUCUCUUCAUCCAGGUAAAAGACACGGUUUUAUUAUAUAUAUAUAUGUUGUUUGGUUUUUUUUGCGCAAGCACAGCGGGCAGGUCAGAGGUGGAGGCUCCUGAGUCUAACGUCUUGCAAACUGAGGCUGUGUGGCGUCACAGCCCCCCGACAUCACACGUUGGUACCCGAGCCAAAACACGCCAUUGUCUCAACCAUCAGCGACCAUCCAGCCUGCUGUCAUUCCGUCCCCCCUCCUCCUCUUUUCUCCUUCUCUCACAUCACACUCUUGAUUUUCUCCACAUGGAGGAGGUGGUGGGGAGAGGGGGGGUGGGGUAGCAGCCGAGGAGCUGUCACGGUGCUCUCAUACUGCAGCAGCAGCUUGUCUUUCUUUCUCUUUCUGUCUAUUUCUUCUUUGAAGAUGUACUCUGUAGUUUCUGUUUUUUUUUAUAGAGAAAUAUUAUUGCUCAUCAUUUCCAUCGGUGUGUAACCUCCUCAUCAUUCCUUGUGUGUCUGAUGCAGACCACUCUGUUGUAGUCAGUUGCGAUGACUGACGUGAGCAUUCUAAACAUGCAAUAAAAUGCUGGUUGUUCAGACGAA